AUGGCGUCUGCAGCGCAGCUUCCUGAGGACGUGGGGGGCAAAGAGCCCGACGUUGGUGUCCUGGAUCGGGUUUCCUCCGCGCCGCGUGCCCGUAAAUCGGGUGGAUCAACAGGAGAGGCGCCCCCUGGGGAGGGGGCUGGCGGGGAGGGGUGUGGCCGCAGCAGCCACUCCCGGUGCGUUUCAGCACCGAGGACAGCGCCGCGCAGAGCGCCCGAGCAGAAGAUUCGAAUUUGUUGCGAUGAGGAGUUGGAGACGUCUUUCACUUUUAUUGAUGAGAACGUGAACCUCAGGUUGGCCAGCCCGGACAGCAGCUGCAAAAGUACCCUGAGGCCCGCGCGCAACGGGGAGCCUUGCUCCGAGACUUUCCAGGAGCUGUCCUUCAUUUCCGAGGAGGACCUGUCCUUCACCGAGAGCUCCGGCGCGUCCGUGGACUACGGCUUCAUCAGCGCAGUCACGUUCCUGGUGACCGGGAUCUCCCUGGUGAUCAUCUCCUACGCCGUGCCUCGGGACGUGGUGGUGGACCGUGACACGGUGUCUGCGCGCGAGAUGGAGAGGCUGGAGAUGGAGAGCGCGCGGAUCGGUGCCCACUUGGACCGCUGCGUCAUAGCGGGGCUUUGCCUGCUGACGCUGGGCGGCGUGGUGCUCUCCACGCUGCUGAUGAUCUCCAUGUGGAAGGGGGAGAUGUACAGGAGGAAGCUCGUGGCUUACUCCAAACGUUCUGCCAAACUUUACGGCUCAAUCAGCCUGAAAACCAGAUCCAGUCCGAGCCACUCCUCUGCGCACCUGUCCCUGGAGGAGGAACCGGGGGACACUGUGACUUGAGCUGCCGCGCUGCUUCUAAAAAAAAUGUUUAAAUAAGAACUAAUGCCAUUCACACUUAUGUGUUUUGUCUGUUAGCAAAAUAUCUCCAGAAACACUGCACGGAUUUUAAAGACACUUUCAGACAGUAUUGGAUACAUUGGAUACAAUAAGUGAUACAUUUCAGAGUCAGGGAUAUUUGA